CCCCCCGCCCUCCCGCCCGCCUCUCCCCUCCCCGCCAGCUAAGGUGAGGCGAGGCGAGGCGAGACGAGGCGAGGCGAGGCGCCGACUGCAGCAGCGGCAGCGGCAGCCGGGAGAGUCUCGGAGCCAGGCGAGCGGCGGCGGCGGCGGCACCUCCGGCGCGGCGCGGAGCAGCAUGCGGGUCGCCGGCCCCCCCGCGCGCCCUGCUGCCGGCGGCGCUCUCCCGGGCCGGGCCGGCUGAGCGCGGGGGCAGCCUCGGAGCGCGGCCCGGCCGCAGGCGGCGCGGCUUGGCGCGGCGCGGGGCCGCAUGGCGUGCUACCUGGUCAUCAGCUCCCGGCACCUCAGCAACGGCCACUACCGCGGCAUCAAGGGAGUCUUCCGGGGACCGCUGCGCAGGGGCUCCCGCUCGCCGGAUUAUGCAGAGAAAGAGAAGGCUGCAGCAAAGGCUCUGGAGGAUGUGAAGGCUAACUUCUAUUGUGAAUUAUGUGAUAAACAGUAUCUUAAACACCAGGAAUUUGACAACCACAUCAAUUCGUAUGACCAUGCUCACAAGCAGAGGUUGAAAGAUUUAAAGCAAAGGGAAUUUGCCAGAAAUGUGGCAUCGAAGUCAUGGAAAGAUGAGAAAAAACAGGAAAAAGCACUCAAGCGACUCCAUCAGCUUGCUGAGUUACGGAAGCAGUCAGAAUGCAUCACAGGAAGUAGACCAGUGCUUAAAACUCCCAGACUGGUUGUGGAAAAGCAGCAACUGCAAGAAGGAAUUUUCCUAGAUAAAGAUGACAAAAUCUCAGUAAGGCCCAUGUGUGAAGGACAAAUUCUCCCUGGAAGCACUGCAGAGAAAGAAGAACAGGAGCUCACAGCAAGCAAACACCAAGCACGUACUGAGAAAGUUUAUUCACUUGGAAAUCAGGUCUUGCAAGUGUUCCCAGAUGGCACCAAUGCUAGUCACAGGACAGGAGUGUCUUUCUCUUUCUCUAAAAAAGUCCCUUUGAAGUUAGAGUCGUCAGCAUCGGUUUUCAGUGAAAACAAUGAAGAAGCAUAUGAUUGCAGUGAAUCACCCAACCAUAAAACAAAGCAAUCUCCUGAGAGCUGUCAUUCUUGCACACUUGUGGCUGAGGAUACAAAAGCAGGUGUGGAGAAAGGGUUAAAUAUUCCACAAGGUCACUCAGAUAUUGCAGGUAAUAUAGCUGCACAGACAAAAAUACUAAAGGAAAAUGAUCAAAGCAGUGACAAAGAAUUAGAAGAAACAUUCAAUGCUCAUCCUUUAUUUCCCAAAACCAAAAUACAUAUUUCAAGUCUGGAUUUUACUGGAACCCUAAGAGAAUCAGAACAAGAAAGUCAGCUGAAUGAGUCUGACAAACCCCUGGAAACUCUCAUUUCACCUUUAUGCCAAACAAGCAAGCUUUGUACACAGAAGAACACUUAUAAGCACAGUGGUACCACGUUAGCUAAUAAUCUAGCUGAGUUCCCACCACAGCAAACAGCUGAGUAUGCAUAUGCAAGUGAAUUACAUUGCAAUCUUAGUACAGUCAAAAGUGAGAGAUCCUUUGAGAGUUCAGGAACCACAAAUGGGAACAUGGAAAUGCUUGCAAGGGAGAAAGCAGUUCAAGAUAUUAAGCCUAAAGCACUGUCAUUUCUUCAUGUGAUAAGCAAAGAUGGCAGCACUGCCCUUCAGUGGCCCACAGAACUACUCUUGUUUACAAAAACGGAGCCCUGUAUUUCCUAUGGCUGUAAUCCAUUGUAUUUUGACUUCAGACUCUCUUUAAAUCACAGAGAUGGUAAGCAACCCACAACAAACAAAGCAAGCUGUAACAAGCACUCUACCAAUGUGAGUGCAGAUGAAAAUGAAGCCUCAGGUUUAAUAAAAGACAAGCAACUGUCAAAUGAACAAGAUAAUCAGUCAUUGAAACCAAAGAAGAUGAAAGAUUCUCCGAGCCCUCGAAAGGCUGAGCAAAAAGCUGAUUCAGACAGAGGAAAAGAAAUGAAUGGAAAUGGUCAAAAGUAUGUUUCAGAUGAUUUGAAUGAAAAUAUACCCGAAGUGCCUGCUUACCUUGAUGUCUCACAAAAGGAUUAUCUGAGAGAAAAAAUUCUGGAUGCAACAUCACCUGGGAGAUCUUUAAAGCCCCAUUUCCAUAUCUGUGAAAGAAAAAAACACAGCAUUGGAAAUGAAAGAAUUUCCUUUUCUGCCUUUAUAUCUAGGACUAAAAAACAUAAAGCUACCAAAUGUGAUUUAAUUUAUUCUGAAGAAAAACUUGAAAACCAAAACAAUUACAAAUCCAUUGAAAACUUACCUGGAGGCAGCAGUGACAUAAGUGACAAUGGAAGAGACUGUACUGGAAGUUUCCUUUGUUCUAAAGCAAGUUCUCAUAUCAGGUAUUCAGAAAAUGAAGAUGAUGGAAGUUAUGCAGGAUGUUGGCGGUUCUCACCUUCGCAGAAGUCAUCUUCCGAUGGACAUUCUAGCUAUUCUGACAGCUCCAUCAGCAGUACAAUUAGCUACCUAAGCAGCUCCUCUAGUCACAGAUCAAACAAUCACAGUAGAAGUCAUUUGCUCUUUUGUUGUAAAAGAAAAAAUAAGACGGUUGAAAGGCACAAGUGUAAACACAGAAAGCACAACUGUAUUUCCUCUUCUGAUGAUGCAGAGGAGGAUUACUCCUUUCACAAUACAAGUCUAAGAACUAGAAACUGCACACAGAGGGAUACAGUUAAAUAUCAAAAACAUUCAAGACCUAAAGGUUUUCACCAUCCAGACAGAUCAAAGCAAAGCAGAAACAGACACCGAUAUUCUGGCAGAAAACACACCCAGAGUAGAAGCUACCAUUGCUCCAAAAGUUUUUCCACCAGGGAUUCAAGAAGCAGUGAAAGAUCAUCCAGUGGCAGAAAAUCAAGAAGCAGCAGUUCAGGAUCAUUCUCAAGAGAGGCUGUCUAUCUGAACAAAAGCAAAGCAGAUAGAGAGAGAGAGCACUACACUGCAUCAGGAAAAGUUGAAUCUACAUGUUCUGACUCUCAGAAUGCAAGAUGCCCAUCAAAAAUCUUUGAUGUUGGCUCUUCUGACAUAGUAGGAGAAAGAAAGUCAUUGACAGCCAGGCUAUUUCUAGAACAAGUGCACUCCAAGAAAAACCAGGAACAAGCACAUGAUUCAGAGGGAUUUCCAAACAAUUGUAGGACAGAACUGAAGGACCACUCACAAAGUCACUUUUCUAUUAAAUUUCCAUCAUCCACAGAUGAUGCAGAAAUGUUAUCUUUGCCUGAAGAAGCCCUACCUAUAGGUAAAAAAGAAGCACGGAAAACUGAAAUCUGUUCAUUGGAAAACACCUCAAAGAAAGAUAAUUUUGAAACUUCGCAGAUAAAUAAUGUUACUCUUACAUCAGGCAGUGAUUAUGAUAAUUGUCUUUUUAAAGACAUCAUUCAAAUAGGGAUAGGCCAUCAGGCUCCAAACUUAAAAAUGAACACAGCAAUAAAGGAACAAUCAAAUGUUUUAAUUAGUGAAGUACAACCCUUUAUACAAAGCUGUGACCCAGUACCAAAUGAUUUCCCUGGUGCUUUUCCUUCUAACAGAUAUUCUCUUGUGGCUAAUUCAAUAGAGACCAAAGAAGAACCGCAUGAUGUAAGCAUGAACUUGAAUCAAGUAGAAAGUAAUUUAAAUUCAUAUUUUGACAGUGCUAUGCAUAAAUAUGAUGAAUCAAAAAAUGAUUUAGAAGUGUAUAGUAAAUCCAUCUCUCCUCCUCCUCUAACUCAGAAGCCUAUAACUUUUUCCCCAGAUGAAAUAGACAAGUACAGGUUACUUCAGCUGCAAGCCCAGCAGCAUAUGCAGAAACAAAUCCUAGCAAAGCAUCUUAAAGUUUUGCCUGCCACAGGACCAGCUGCCUUCUCUGCUACACCAGCAGUUCAAUCUGUUCCUGUCCAGCAACAUGCUUCUCUCACUACCAUACAUCAUGCACUUCUGCAACGCUUUGCUGUCUCAACUUCCGUACAUCCCCACAGCAGCCAUCUUUCUGUGGCCCACAUUCAUCCCCUCUCUCAAUCGCAUUUCACUCCCAUAUCUCUUUCACCUUUAGCUCCAGCCAUCAUUCCCACCCACCCUACCCUACUAACAGGGCACCCUCUACAGUUCAUCUCCACCACACCCAUUCACCCUUCUCCCAUGACCCUCCCAUCAUUGCCACACACUGCAUUUAUCCCUACCUUAUUGACUCCCCACCUGAAUGCAGCUGCAGCUUCUGCAAUUCAUCUGAAUCCAUUCAUUCAUCCAUUGUUUCAAGGGCAAGAUUUUCACCACCAUUCUUGCUCUAGCCAGACCCAACAGUUACCUGCAAUGAAAGAAGUUUUCAGCAUUUCCAGUUAUCUAAACUAGCAAAACUAUUACUCCUUAGUUCCAGAAAUCAGUUUGAAAGAAAAUUAUUUUUCAGUCUUCAAACAUACAUCUUAAGAGAAGCCUAUGAUUAUGUUCAGAGCACAUCAGCAAUAUUUAAAUGUCAAGACUGUGGCUGACAGCAUAUGAAUGUUGAUUUGGCUUUCAUACUACUGAGUAAAAGCAAUUUGAAUGCUUUCCACUUGAUUAGAACUAGGAGGAGAGGGUACUGCUAACUUAGUUCGGCAGAGGGUAGCUCAGUUUCAGAAGAGACAGCUGAAGUAAAGUCUAUGAUUGAUGUUAAAACUAGAAGUACAGCAUGCAAGCAUAAUGGCCAAGUUUUCAACAGGGCUAAUGAUUCGAGGUGCUUCAAUUUUAAUGCACCCAACGUAGCAGCCUUUAAAUGUGCCUAAUUUUCAGAAGGUGAACAUGAAACACUUUCAGGAGAUCAUGCCUGUUUACGGUGUCUCUAAUUGGACAAAAAUUUGAAAUAGUUUCUAGAUGCUGGUGAAACUAUUGAAUAACAUAAAAAGCCUGAAAGGGGAUGAAUUACAUCUGAGGCACAGUUAUCAAUAUUGAUCAAAUAAAAAAACCAGAUUCAUUAGUGAUGUUACAGUCACCACAUGUCACCUGGAGAGUUGAAAGAAGUUGUGAUUUGGUCACAAAUGCACAGCAAAGAAUUGCCUUGGUGUAGAGGGAGUCUGUGGAAAAAAAGGUUAUGGCAUUUCUGCCUCCUUCCUGAAUACCCACCACCUCCACCUUCUAAUGGAAAGAUCCAUUAAAGACCUUAACUCACUGAUAGGCCUCAGCAGCUGUAAGUUGCAAUGUGGCUGGAGCUGGCCUUGAGACUUGGAGAGCUGCAGCUGGUGCCCUAGUCUAGCUCUAGCCCAGGAGAGAAUCUUACCUAAAGAUUUUGUAAAUAUUUUUCCUACUUAAAAAAAAUUCUAUAAAACAUUUUGUACCCCUUUCUGAGCACAUGGUAAAUUGAAAAUACGUUGAAAAGUAUAAUGUAGUAUUGGUAUUUGUUUGCCAACCAUAUCUUUACAUGGCUACCAUAAGGAAGUAAUUUUCUUUAAGUAGCUGUUGGAUAUGAAAAUCUUACCAAAAGACCAAAUUCUGCUUCUGUCCUCUGCAACCCUGCUGAAACUCUUAUUAAUUAAUGCAUGGGUAUAACUCAGGGCAGAAUUUAGCUCUAAUGGAUAAUCAAUUCUCAGCACUGAAAAACUGACAUUGGACUGAAAAAAUUAAAAAACAAAACAAAACAUAAAACACAUUGGUGAAUCAAUGAACAUACUGUGCAGUUUCUAACAUUGUUCCCAAGAUACUCUGAAUACAAAUCCAGUAAAGCACUGAAAACUACCUUCAGCAUAAAUAAUUCUAUUGAAGACAUGGGGAGUGUUCCUAUGUAUAAACCUAAGAAUGUGCCUCUGUACCUUGCUGAACUUGGACCACAUCAGUCAUCUUUUAUGAUAUUAUAAUACACAACAUUGGAUAUUCCUCAUGAAAUUCAGUUCUUGAUUGUAGUUAGAGUAGAAGUAUGCCUACCAACAGCAUCAGCCAAUGAAGUGGUGAACAGAUUGUACCUGUUACAAACAUAAUGAAUUUGAAAGAAUUUGGUGCACAAUUAAUGAUUUACCUCAAAUUAGUACUUAAUACAUCUAAUAACCAACUCUUAAAGAAGCUUAUUUCAUGACAAAGAGUAAGCUAUAAAAACCAAGACACUUAACUGUGAUUAAAAUUAGCAAUUUUAAAAACAAAAUUUAUGACUGAAUUUUCUAAUUUGUUUUUAAUCAAACUAGACUAAAAUAAUCUAGUCACAAUCAAGUACAGCUACACUUUUUAUGUUUAAAAGUAUGAGCAAUGGAUGAGCUCUUCAGAGUAAAUUGGUGUCAUCACACCAACAUGUUUAAGUGUUUGCUAAUUUUGAUCCACCUACGGCUUAAUUUUUCAAAGCUUUUGUCAACACCUGUUAGUAAACUAAUCACCAGCCCUGAGAAAUAAUAGAUUGAUGAUAAAAACAAAAAACUGUGAAAAGAAAUGUGAUCUGCGUCAAUUUUUUGUCAGCUUUCCAAUGAAACAAAUAAUUAGUUUGAUUCAAUCUAAUCUAUUUCAUUCAACCUAAGACAAAACCAUGCUUUUUCACUUUUGGGCCAUUUAUUCCGUCCAUGCAACCUAUUUCCUUUUAGAUUAAUUGUUUAAAUAAAUAAUGCCAUUUUGAAGAGAACAAAACAAAACAUUUCGUUUUCAAAAUGUUAAAAAAUGUAAUUUCCAGUUUCCCAUUUUUGGACAAAGAGCAGUCAAAAUAAUUUGCCAAAUUAAGCCCAAAUUCACAAAUAGUUUCACUUCCCACAAAUGUCCAUGUUUUGGUGAAUUUGCAGUUCACUGAAAAAAGUUCAGCCUCUGCAAAUCAAAUCAUCUGUGUUUCCAGUUGUGUAUCCAAAAUUGGUGGACACAAUAAGCAUUAUUUAGUAAGACAGGAAUCACUGCCUGAAUAGAUGCCUACAGAUUUAAGUGUUUCAAUUCAAAACAAUGGAAGUGUUUCCAUUGUCUUUAAUAAUUAGUUGGAAACUCAACUAGAUAUACUGCCAAAACAGAAGGGGAAAGGGGGGCACCAGCAACAUGACUUCAUAGUGGAGCUCAAAACAGUUUUUGGUUUUAAUUUUUUUGAUUCAUUAAUCUCUUUAUCAAGGAGAUAGAAAGAUUUCUUGUUAUAAGACUCAUAGUGGUUCAUGUUACCACAAGUGUGUUAUUCUUGAAUAGAGCUGACAUCAUACAGAUAAAAUUAUGUUAAAACAACAUCUGUGGAGUUUUUAAUGUAUUCAAUAAUUGAGUUUUAAACAGUAUUCAAUAGGAAUAUUUUUUGUGAAAAAAUAGAAAACAGACAAGAUGUAAAGGUAACUAAUCACCAACAAUAAACAGACAUGCAUAAAUAUUUCAAACUGUUUAAGAUGAAUAAGCUUACUCAAGACAGAUGCAGAAAUUAACAUAUCUAUCAGGCUCUCCAACAGAGGUGCAAGGAAUGCUGCAAAAGCACGUGUAGGAUCUUAACCUCUUAAUUCUCAGAAGUAUCACUCAACAAGACUGUGAUUCUUUUGGGAGGGGUGGAAACAAUACCUUUUCCAGACACUAAAACAAUACAUUUUCAGGCCAUUUAACCCCAGCUAAAUUUUGUUGAAAUAACAUUCUUAAAUUCACGAACAAAUAUAUGCAUGUAUGUAUAGCUAUGGUGUUUGCAUGUGCAUAUUGAACAACAGCAUAUGCAAACUGAUAGCUAUCCAGCUGUACACACAAUUGCAGUAAAGAUUUGCAGGACAGUAGAUGCACAAACACACACAGAUUUUUAUGUAUGAACUUCACAUAUUAAAUCAAAACUUGAUACAGAUAUUCAACUUUACCCGUGUGGUCCUGUGGGCUUCAAUAGAAUGAUUUUCAUCUUUAAAUUUAAGCAUGUGCUUCAAAAUCCCAUUCUGUGUGGGAUGAGGAAUACUUCUUUUUAAAGGUAACAAGAACUAUUGACACAACAAAACAAAUCUGAAAGAAAAAACAGAAACAAAAGUUGUGACCCAUGCACUUGGCUAGUAGACAUCUAAUAAAAUACUUAUACACAUAAUCUCUUAACAUACAGUAAAAUAAACUAGUGGUAUCCUGGAAAAAGGCCUAAUCAAGAAAAAAGUUGAGCUUUAUUGCUUUUGACAACUAUGGCAGAUGUCCAAGGAAGCAAAAGAGAGCGAUACAAAACAAACACCUAAAAAUGGAACUGUGAAAAAUAAAGUUAUUAAUGAAGAAAACAGGUUAAGAAGGAACAGAAAAUGAGUGAAUGCAAAAUAGCUACUCUGGAUGCAAAGAAAGAAAGCUAAAAUGGAUUUCUUAGUGCAUUUCAGUAGAUUUUUUUGAAAGAGUUUGUUAAACAAUUAUAGAAUUCAAGAUGCAUUAUUUGCUGUAUUUACUCGCAUACAUUUUACUUUCCAAGUAUAUUAUUUUUCAACACAUUUAUACAUUAUUUAUACCAGCCUUCUUGGAUUUGAUAUGUGCAGCCAAGUUUCAAUUCCUGUUCCAUUCAGAACAAUUUUAGAGAGUGGUACAGUAUCCUGGUGGUAUUGGUAUGUGAUUUCAUAUGGGAUAUGCACUCAAAGUCAAUAAACUAUUUUGGCAUCAUUUUAUAUUACUUGGCCCUUAGUCCAAAAAAUAUAGGCCACCAAUUAUUGUACAAUUCCAAUAACAGAAUUGAGUUCCCUAUCUUCCAAAACAAUGCAACUUCUAUUUUUAUUUCUGGAGGGGAGGCAUACCUGUAAAAUACGGAACAUGUACAUUUGUUGUGCAGAUUUGCAUAAAAAUGCCAUUUAACCUGAUUGAUUUUAAAAGUGUUUAGUUUAUAUUAAAACUGAAAAAUACUCUGGCUAGUAUAAUAUGUAAACUAGUAAUUUUGUUUUGUAUUCUCUGUAUAAAGUGUUUUAUAUUAUACAGUAGCUAAGUGAAUUGCACUAUUGUACAUGCAAUGCAGCUUUUUUUUUAGGUUAUUCAAAGAAUUCCUGGGAAUGUAGUUUAAUGCAAUAAUAUUUUUUUUCAAUAAAAAGGCUUACUGGUAUAACAAGUGUCAGUCAUGUAUUUUUAAUGUGAAGCAAACCAAAAUGCAGCAACAAAGUAAAAUGCAGAAUGAGGCAAACAUAUUCUGUAUUUUAAUCUACAGAACUGAAAUGCAUUUCAUUUAUCCCUGUGGCUACACUGCUGAAAUUUCUUAGACUGUUUCUUAAAGAUUUUAGCAUGUGUUACAAAAGUGGGUUAUUUAAAUGAAACUGAAAAUAAAUAUUCCUUAAAAAUUA